GUAGACGGUCGCACGAACUCGAGGUGGUCGUGACUGGUCACAUCUGAACUUUGAACAUGUUCAAAAUCCGAACGCGAUCAAAUACGACCGAUUCACUCGCAUCAGCUCGUAUCCGGGGUCGUACCAUCGGUCGGGCGAUCAUCGUGGGAGUGUUGUUCAACGUUGCACGACUUGGUGCGAGAGGUGGCACAACUAAGUAGUCGCAUUUACUCGACUGGAGGUCGUACAACACUUGCACAUGUGCUAGCGACCUACAUGUACAGAGACCUGUCUUGCGACUGGGUGCGAUAAUAUGAUGUGCCAUAAGACUGUUGCAAGACCGAUCGCAACGGCUUACAACAUUGCACUACCGUUGUGUGCGACCGUUCCCCUCGCAAUCCCUCGUGCAACACUCGCAUGUGAUCGCACGAGCACAAUAGGAUCAUAAUCGACUUACUCGUGCAACGGGUUUUACUGGUUGUUUUUGUUGUACGACAGCUGUUGCAACUGUGAAAGCCUAUGUGCGAUAUUAUGAGAUGACUGGCGAUUGAUGCCUGUUGCAGCCUGUCGCACGACCAAAAGGUCGCAAGUGGUCGUACGUCAAUUGUGAAAGGGGCUUAACUUAUGUGUACUAUUGGUUCAUAAAGUAGUAAAAAUCUCGCAGAAGACCAGUUGAAUUUUACAUGCAGACUAUGAUUUUUCAACGAUCGUGAUGACAAAUUUAAAUGCUUACAUUUUGCUUUUCCAUUCAGUCUCAGUCAUGAUAGUGUAAUCCGCGAUAACAACAAUUCAGUAUUGUCAUUCUGUUUGGUCUCGCAUGGGAUACCCCGAGUAUUAUGAUAAUUAUCGAAGCUCAUAUCGCUUGCUUGGCCGCCAUUUCUGUGUUGCCAUGACAGCGUAAUUAUAAACGAUAAUUGAUGAAUGGAGAUAUGUGUGUAUGGAUGGGACGCAUUCAUGAGCGCACAAUACUAAAUCUGCUUUCAAAACCAAUGCACAGGAAAUUAAAGGCUUAUAGUUCCGCAGAGUUCCACAUGCAAGCUUUUCUCCGCCUCUAACAACCAGACUCGCCGAGAUUGGUCGUCAUUUUCUGUCUUCUGCCGUCAAUAUCUCACUCCAAAAAUUGUAGAAACAUGGCUGAUCAACUAACAGAAGAACAAAUCGCAGAAUUCAAGGAGGCUUUCUCCCUAUUUGACAAGGACGGCGAUGGCACCAUCACAACUAAGGAGUUGGGCACAGUGAUGAGGUCACUGGGUCAAAACCCAACUGAGGCUGAGCUUCAAGAUAUGAUCAAUGAAGUUGAUGCUGAUGGGAAUGGAACCAUCGAUUUUCCCGAAUUCUUGACGAUGAUGGCUAAGAAGAUGAAAGACACAGAUAGCGAAGAAGAGAUCAGAGAAGCAUUCAGAGUCUUUGACAAGGAUGGUAACGGAUUCAUCAGUGCAGCAGAAUUGCGUCACGUGAUGACGAAUCUUGGUGAGAAGUUGACGGACGAGGAGGUGGAUGAGAUGAUCAGGGAAGCCGACAUCGACGGUGACGGACAAGUCAACUAUGAAGAAUUUGUUUCUAUGAUGACGACAAAAUGAAUGCUCAAUAAUGGAGUCGGAGGAGAGAUGGUCAAUCCCCUUGAUUUACCCAGAAUCACAACCCUGACAGUUACUACACAUCUGACGGGGAAAUUACCCAGACAAGUACCACAUGUUACAUAGACCUAAGGACAACUAUAUAAAUCAUAUUCAUUGCAUUCCCGAUUGAUUUCUCACAUUGGCUUCACAUUAAGGGAAAGUUAAUCAUAAGGUCUAGUUGCUUUUGAUAAAAGCAGAACAAAUUGAAUAAAAUAUUAAUGAAUGUUUGGUGAAAAUCCACUUUAAAAAAUAACACAUUUAUUGAUUUUGAAUUUUUAAAUGUGACGUCAUAUGCAUGCAGCUGACAUAUAUGUUUUCAUGAAAUUUAAAUUCCAUUUUCUUUUUUAAUGAAAUGAUGUGUGUGAAUACAAUAUAAUUUAAAAAAUGCACAAAUUAAAUCAUUUUCGAUUUUUUGAGAAAAUGGCAUGUUAUGGAAUACUACUCGAAUGUGAGGUCACAAACCUCAUGAACCUAAAACAUGGGCAUUCUUUGAUGAUUUUUUGCUGGGCGUUAUGUUUCAUUUAUUCAUCUGCUUUUAUUACAAUUACAUAACUUCAUAUGAGGGUAAACUUCUUCUACAAAUGUAAGUUUAAUAUUGCGAGGACACAAGCAAUCACCUCUAUCACAUUUCAUAUGAUUCGAUUAAUUGCUAUGUUUUAAUAGGUCAUAACCCUAAAUGCUCCUUAGAGGGCAUAUGUUUAGAGUUGGAUUGUAAUACUGCUUUUGGUUUGGAAUAAUGUAAAGAUUAGGAUUAGGGUUUAUUUAGUUUUGGAGGUUAGGUUUUAUAUUUGGCUCGACGUGCAGAUUUUACAUUGGGGCAUUGUCGCUGGAGCAAAUUUCAUGGAACCAGUUGAAAUAUUCAUUUUUUUUACUCGUAUUGUGUACGAAAAAAUGUGUAUAAUUUAUAUAAACUGAAUGCCCAUAUUAGAUGACUUUCUACUGAGAAAACAUUUCCUAAUUGAACCCAUAAAUAUUAAUGAUAAUCAUGAGGAAGCUACUUGCAUAUGAAGUUUUAAAUAAACCAAUAUACCUUUGUUAUUCAUUGAUGAAUUUCGCUAAACAUUUAUCAUCAUAAUUUCUCUAAUUUCUAUUAAAAAAAAAAGAAAACACCAACUUGUCAGGGUCGAUUUCCCCAUUCAUAUUCAAAAGAGACCUAUGAUGACGAUGUCUCCGGAAGAGAAAUUCCAAACAUACUUAUCAUGUAGCACGAGAAAAUUUAAUGCCCUGCAGGCCCCCGGAAAAAAAAAAUCUCAUUUGCGUACCCAUGCCCUGCGUGAUCUGCAGAUGUACAAGAGAAAAGAAUGUUCUGGGAUUCUGCCCCGGAUAUGCGAUGACCAUUUUUCUUCUACCCUUUUUCGUUGUUUUUCCUUUUUUUUUUGCUUGUCGGAUUUUAGGGAUGUAAAUAUGAUAGUUUUUGUUAUUCUUUCUCAUAGCGACAGUGACAAUGACAUAAUUUCUUGCCAACGAGAACCUGAUUUCUCGAAAAAGGGACAUGCCCCCCCCCCCCAUUCAUGAAAGCCGAUUCCCCCUGCACCCUUCCAAUAUUUUAACGUCUGUAACUGUUUAUUUCCUAUGGCAGUGUUUUUUUUUUCAUUAUGUACACGCAAGUUCUGAAAGGUGCUUUGUUACUUCUUUAUUUAUAAUUAGUAGGACAAGGCAUUCAAUAUUUCACCAAAUCCACUGUAUUGAUGACUAUAAAGUGAUAAAUACAUAUUUAGCUUUCACACUUGACCAAAAAAAACAGGAGAAAAUGAUUAAAUCAUACAUAUUUGAAAGAGUAGAAUAAGUGGUUUAGAAUUAAUUAAUUUUAUUAAUUAAUAAUCAAAUAAUUCAAGACCCUUACAAAGCAUGUGAAAUCUAACUGUGAUGUAUUACGUCUUUCAUCAUGAUAAGAAUUGAUGUAAAUGCCAUUUGCAAUAAUAAAAUGACCAUUUAUGACAUUGCGAAAAAAAAGAUAGUAUUCAUUGUGAUAUUAUAUGUAAAUAUGUGAAGGUC